AUGAACUGGUUUACUCGCAAUCUACAUGGACUUCCAGAAAGACCGAAGCCUCAAAUCCUCAGUCACAAUCAAACUCCAAAAGAGGAGGACGAAGACCAAUUGUAUGGGGUUACUGAGGAUUUGAUCAAUUACACCAAGUCCUUCACGAUUGAUACAUUUAAAAAUUUCCCUCUCCAAGAUGAAGAUGAAGCCACUAAUGCUCAAGACACUUUAACGAAUUCAGCCAGGAUUAGGAACGAUCUCUCUCAGUGGCAGGAGAGACAUGCCACCCUCAUACUCUCAAGAGUGAAGUGUGAUUUUAACAGCCCUUUACCUUGCAAAUUUGAUUCAUGGAAGCGUCAAUGCUGUGCUAGUCAACCAACAUGGUUACAGGGCACAG